GCGCCAGAACGGCUGUCUCACUCCCGGAAGUGGAGCGUCUGCAGAGCGCCGCUGGGUCUGGGUGCCCGGAGGCAGGAGCGCUCGCGGAGGUCGCCCGCCAGUCUCGACCGCCAUGUCGGCCUUCGACACUAACCCCUUCGCGGACCCAGUGGAUGUAAACCCCUUCCAGGACCCCUCUGUGACCCAGCUGACCAGUGCCCCGCAGGGUGGCCUGGCUGAGUUCAACCCCUUCUCAGAGACAAAUGCAGCGACAACGGUUCCGGUUCCUGUCACGCAACUCCCUGGGCCCUCACAGCCGGCGGUUCUCCAGCCAUCAGUGGAACCAACACAGCCAACCCCGCAGGCCGUGGCAUCUGCAGCCCAGGCAGGCCUGCUUCGGCAGCAGGAAGAACUGGACAGGAAAACUGCCGAGCUUGAACGCAAGGAGCGGGAGCUGCAGAACACUGUGGCCAACUUGCAUGUGAGAGAGAACAACUGGCCACCGCUGCCCUCAUGGUGCCCUGUCAAGCCCUGCUUCUACCAGGAUUUCUCCACAGAGAUCCCUGCCGACUACCAGCGGAUAUGCAAGAUGCUCUACUAUCUCUGGAUGUUGCAUUCCGUGACUCUGUUUCUGAACCUGCUUGCCUGCAUGGCCUGGUUCUCAGGCAACAGCUCCAGGGGAGUGGACUUUGGCCUCUCGAUCCUAUGGUUUGUGAUCUUCACUCCCUGUGCCUUCCUUUGUUGGUACCGACCCAUCUAUAAGGCCUUUAGGUCCGACAACUCUUUCAGCUUCUUCGUGUUCUUCUUUGUAUUUUUUUGUCAAAUAGGGGUCUAUGUCAUCCAGUUGGUUGGCAUCCCUGGCCUGGGGGACAGUGGUUGGAUUGCAGCCCUGUCCACACUGAAGGAAGAGUCCUUGGCCGUGUCAAUCAUCAUGAUGGUGGUGGCCGGCUUCUUUACCCUCUGUGCCGUGCUCUCACUCUUCCUCCUGAAGCGGGUGCACUCCCUAUACCGCCGGACGGGGGCCAGCUUCCAGCAGGCCCAGGAGGAGUUUUCCCAGGGCAUCUUCAACAACAGAACCUUCCGCAGCGCGGCCUCAUCUGCGGCCCGAGGAGCCUUCCAGGGGAAUUAAUCCUCCUCACUCUCUUGCCUCUACCUUCGCCUAUUCUCUCACCUGCCUUCUGAGCUGCACUUUCCGUGGGUGCCUUACGCAGUGGUUUUGCCCAGCACAGACCUGGUGAAGGUCCUGCUGUGGCUCUUCCUCCUUCCUCAGCAACCAGCUCUCCCUGGAAGGGAAGGGAGGGACCGGGACUUUUUUUACACAGGAGAAAAAAAGACCAAAAUUGUCUUUCCUUCUCUAGUG